CUGGGCUGGGGUUUCCCGGGCCGGGGCGGGCGGGUCUGGGAGCAUGCACAGAGCUGCCCAGGCCACCCUUCCCUGUCCCCUCCUCCCGCCACUGUCACAACGCCCGCCAUCCUUCGAAGUGCCCGGACCAGCGACGGGCCUGUGCGCGUAGAAGCAGGAGCACGCCGGUCCUCCCGUCACCAGCCCUCCCUCACUGUGUCCCUCCCUGCCUCCCCUGGGCCCUGGGCUGUGACCUACCUGAGGUCCCCCGGCUGUGCAGCUGUGCGGUGUUAAGCUGGUUGCCUGUGGCGCUCCUCCCGCUGGGGCCGACUCAGGAUUUUAUUGAGGGGAACGGGAUUGUGGGGUCCCCAGAUCUUUCCCCUGAGACAGUGGGAGGGGGUGGGGUCAUCUGUCUCCUGUCGGAUAAGGGGUCUGCUAGGCUGGAAGGACACGAUCCGCUUCCAGGAGAGGAUCUUCUCUGCUGCUGCUGGCUGGGGCGUCAACGUGAUGAGCAGAACCAAACCUUGAGGGAGGUGUUUCCCAUGCCAGGGGCCCUCCUGAGUCCCAGUGGUCCCCCAACCCUGCUGAGUAGAAAACCUGUUCCGGCACAUCCGCCAACGUUGUCCUUUUCUACCUAAUGACUUUGUCUUCUCCCCGCCACCCACCCCAGUCCUUGUGCAGGUGACGAAGCCCGGACCAGUGGAACAGCGUUUCCUGCUCAGACCACAAAGCAGUGGCGGAAAGUACACAGCAGCCUGGGAGUCUCCAUCAGUAAGGGAAGAGUCAGCAGAUGGAGGGACAGCCAACAACGGGAGGCCACACAGGCAGUGCAAAAGAUGACAGAUGACGAUGUCCAGGCAUGCAGGAACGUGCUGGACGUGCCCCGGCUGGAGAAAGCACUGUGCGCCCUGCGGAGAUGUCCGGGACGGAGCUUACUCCUACCUCUGAAUUAGUCUGCCACGGAGGUGGGAGCAGACUCCCACAGACUGGGUGGCUUAAGGAGCAGAAAGGAAUGGCCUCCCGUUUCUGGGGGCUGGAAGUCCGAGCUCUAGGCGUCAGCUAUAUUCACCUCUUCCGAGAGCCGGGAGAGCACGUGUUCCGUCCCUCCCCCGCAGCUUCUGGUGGUUUCCUGGCCAUCUGUGGCCUCCCCUAGCUGGUGGAUCGCGGCCUGCCUCUUCACAUGCCUGUCCCUGAACUUCACCCUUUUAUAAGGACACCAGUCAUACUGGCCGUCUCCACCCUCCUGCGCCAGCUCGCCAGAGACUCCGUCUGCUGGACAGGUCGUCGUGAGCACCGGCCCCUUCCUUUGGGCCCGUUAGCUGACCGUGUAGUGGUAGAAGGAAGGAGCCAAGGCUCUCUGCUCCCCCACCAGGCCAGGUGAGGCCCCGGAGCUGUAGGGAGAUGAAGUUCGGCUGCCUCUCCUUCCGGCAGCCUUACGCAGGUUUUGUCUUAAAUGGGGUCAAGACCGUGGAGACGCGUUGGCGUCCUCUGCUGAGCGGCCACCGGAACUGUACCAUCGCCAUCCACAUUGCCCACAGGGACUGGGAAGACGGCGCGUGGAGGAAGCUGCUGGCCGAGAGGCUUGGGAUGAGCCCCGCUCAGAUUCGGGCCUUGCUUCGGGAAGGGGAGAAGUAUGGCCGCGGUGUGAUAGCGGGGCUUGUUGACGUUGGGGAAACUUCGCUGUGCCCAGAAGACUUAGCUCCGGAGGAGGUCGUGGAACUGGAAAAGCAAGCUGUCCUGAGCAGCCUGAAGCAGAAGUACCUCACUGUGCUUUCGAACCCCAGGUGGUUGCUGGAGCCCAUCCCCAGGAAAGGUGGAAAGGACAUCUUCCAGCAGCCCUGGCUUGUCUCGCUGAAAGCUGGAGUUGCGGUAGAGCUGGAAUGAGAUUCAUCAUUUUAGACAUUCUGG